AUGAUCCAGACCACGCAGUCCUUCGAAGCUCGUGGUCCAGAAAACCGCGUGAUUGAUGUGUUGCGUGAUGCGUUGGAGAAGCUUCGGAACACGGCCCCGAAAAAACUCAAGGAGCUGCGGGAUGUUGUGGAAGCAGACUUGAAAACGAUGGAGAACCUGCCCGCCUCGGGUGCAAAUGUUUCCGCGAAUGACUUCUUUCAGUCGUUCAAGCUCGGCUGCGAAGCUGCAGGUCUGCCGAAGUUGGUGGUCAUUGCUUUAGAGGCCAUCCAAAAGCAAAUCACCUAUGGCUUCCUCACUGGCAGAGGUCCAGACCCAUUCAAGCCAGAGAAUGGGCGGCGUCUCAUUGAUGCUGUGGUGGAUUCCGUCUGCAACUGUGCAGAGUCUGCUGAUGACACAGUGCAGAUGCACAUGAUCAGCACGCUGCUUGCUGCUGUAACCUCGCAGGUCUGCGAGGUCCACGGCCAGAGCCUCAUGUUGGUAGUGGACACGUGCAUGAAGCUCUACCGGGACUCGAAGAGCCAGUCCAACCAGCGCAUGGCUCAAACAGCUUUGACUCAGAUGCUUUCAGUCAUCACCCAGCGCUUGGAGCUAAGCUCUGCCGACAUGCCCGGCGCCCGGUCUGGCGCCGCUUCUGCGGGCGCCGCGAACUCAGAGCAGCUGGCGGCCGUGGCGAAUGCCAACGCGGACCUGGCUCAGAUGCCCAAAGGGCAGCUGCUGAACGAGUGGAUGUCAUCUUACCUGUCUGCAAAGAUCGACACCUUGGUGCAUGCCUGGAACCAUGAAAAGGAGAACGGCCAGAAGGGUGAGGACCCCCCUCCUGGCAAGUUUGGAUGGUGUGUUGUUUGCAGACACACUGCCAACCACUAUUGCGUCGACACGCGGGACUCGGUUUGCGGGCAUGCGUGCAAGUACCGCAACCUGGAGCGUCUGUCGCUGGUUGAGAAAUAUUAUGGUGCAAAGCGAGAGGAGGCCUCCUCUCCAGCAGCCUCUCCAUCGGUGUCCAGCAACGCUCCGGCUGUACCAUCGCAGUCCUCUAGGGACACCUUCGCGAACAGGGACGAAGCGUCUUCUGCGAUGGCAGAUGUUUCCAGCGCAAAGUCUAUGAACGUUUACCACCAGGACUCUAUCAUCAUUCUGACGUACCUGAUCAACAGCAGUGCCAAGGAGUCGGUGCAGAGCCAGGCCGACUCCAGAGCUAUCAGGAACAAGCGUAUUGCCCUUGAGCUCAUCUUGGGUGUCCUCUCAAAUGCAGGACCUGUUUUCAGGUCAUCGAAGCAUUUCGUUGACAUCCUCAAGAAGCUCGUGGGCGACUCCUUGAUCAAGAACAGUGUUUCACCGAUCCCAAAGAUAUUUGGGCUCUCUUUGCAAAUUUUCGUGUCACUGAUAACGAACUUCAAGGAGCAUUUGAGAGACGAGAUCGGUGUGUUCAUCGAGCAGAUUUUCCUGAAGAUCCUAGAAAGCGGGAACUCUGACUUCCUUCACAAGAGUAGGGUGCUGCAAAUCUUCUACAAACUCUGCACAGAUGCGACCACGCCGCUCGAACUGUUCCUGAACUACGACUGCGACGUAGACGAGAAGAACAUCUUCGAGCGGACAAUCGAUUGCUUGUCCAAGAUCGCUCAGGGGAAGUACACCGCGGUUGAACAUGCCAACCUCAUCCAGCCACAUCAGGCCAGCUGGAGCCCAGAAAUGGAUCUUGGAGUCGCCUUUUUAUGGCAGGAGCAGGAGCUGAAGCAGUUGGCCUUGCAGUCUUUGGUUCGGGGCCCUGACGCCACACGAUGCCUGCAAGCCGAACCCUCCGACGUUGAGGUGACCCUGAUGGGUUCCAUCGUCGACUGGGCCUGGUACUCGGAUUCCGGGGCCUCCCUCCGCUGCUUUCUGCGAAUCCUUCCUGCAGGCUCGAAGGAUGGCCGAGGCCCGGAUCACAAGAUGCCCAUCCUUGGCCAGGGCAGCGAGGAUGCCAAGGCGAAAGACGGACCAGAGAGCGACGGGGAGGAUGAUGCGAGUGAUGUCGUUCCCUCUCUGACAACAAGUGGUGUGCCAACGAGCAGCUUCAAAGAGCAGAAGCAGAGAAAGCUAGACCUGCAAAUAGGCAUCAACAAGUCCGACCCCCAAAGGUUCAACAUGAAGCCAAAGCGUGGCAUCGAGUACUUGAAGAAGAACGGCUUUUUGACCGACGACCCGGCUUCACUCGCUGUGCUCUUCAAGAACACAGAGCUUGGCCUGGACAAGACUGCCAUCGGUGACUAUUUGGGUGAGGACAAGCCAUUCAACAAAAGUGCACUGUUUGCGCUUGUUGACGGCUUGGAUUUCAAGGCUCAGUCCCUGGACGGAUCGUUGAGACACUUCCUCUCGUACUUCCGACUCCCGGGAGAGGCCCAGAAGAUCGAUCGGAUGAUGGAGAAGUUUGCGGAGAAGUACUGCAGCGACAACCCCGAGCGGUUUGCGAAUGCGGACUGUGCCUUCGUGCUGUCAUUCUCCUUGAUCAUGCUGCAGACCGACCUCCACAACCCAGGCAUCAAGAACAAGAUGACCAAGGAUGAGUUUGUGAAGAACAACAGGGGCAUCAACGACCAUCAGGACCUCCCGCGAGAAUAUCUUGAGGGACUCUAUGACGGUGUUCUUCACAACCCGAUUUCAUUGCAAGAAGACCAAGAGGCCAGAAAUCGACAAGAGUCACAGGCAGCUAGAGACUCGAACCAGAAGUACGAGCUUUUCGUCAAGGAGACGGAGAGCAUGGUACAAAAGACGAAGGCCGCGAUGCAGAUGCGAAGGAAGAGCUCCGCCUACGUGGUCGCUCAAAGCGUGGAGCAUGUGAAGCCCCUCUUCGAGGUGGCCUGCUGGCCGUAUUUGGCGACACUGGCCGUCCUCCUGGAGAUGGAGGGCACACCCCAGAGCAUCGAGCUCUGCAUUGAGGGCUUCAAGCACUGCAUCAGGAUCGCGGCGCGCUUCGACAUGGACACAGAGCGCGAUGCUUUUGUUUCGUCCUUGGCCAAGUUCACCUACCUGACGACGAUCAAGGAGAUGAAGCAGAAGAACAUCGAGUGCAUCAAGGCUUUGCUUUCCAUUGGACUCUCCGAGGGAAACAACCUGGGACCCUCCUGGCUGUACGUCUUGCACUGCAUCUCCCAGCUGGAGCGGCUCCAACUUAUCGGCACCCGCGGUGCGAGGCAGGACUUCCAGUUCUUCCAGUUGGAAGAGGAGGCUCUCUCGCCCGGAUCUGCGAGCAGGAGCAAUGCCAGCAUUGCCGGACAACAGGUUGUCAAACGUCGUGCACAUGGCUUGGGGGUGUCCGCCUUGGUUGCCAUUGGGCAGGACGAUCGCAACGUCGAGCUGGUGAACUCGGAGUCCAUCGCUUCGCAGAUCGACGCAUCUCAGAUUGAGCUGCUCUUCAACAAGUCCACGCAGCUGUCUCCACCCGCAGUGGUCCACUUCGUGACUCAGUUGGCGAAGGUCUCCAAGGAAGAGUUGGCCCUGGCCGACCAGCCCCGCAUCUUCUCUUUACAGAAGCUGGUGGAGGUGGCCGACUUCAACAUGGGGCGGAUGCGAGUCGUUUGGGGCCGGAUAUGGCGUGUCCUGAGCAGCCACUUCGUGGAUGUGGCUGCUCAUCAGAACGUGCGGGUGUGCAACUUCGCCAUGGACUCCCUCCGUCAGCUGACGAUGAAGUUCCUGGAGAAGGACGAGCUUGCGGGCUACAACUUCCAGGCCGACUUCCUGAAGCCCUUCGAGACCAUCAUGGUGGGGCCUCCGCCCGUCAGCAAGGAGGUCAAGGACUACCUGGUUCACAUCAUUGCUUAUAUGGCUGACGCAAGCUUUCGGAGCAUCCGGUCCGGAUGGAAAGCGGUUCUCCACAUCUGUGCUGCCGCUGCUCAAGAUCCGUCACUCGGGGAGGCGACAGUCGAGGUGGCCUUCAAAGUGGUGGAGAAGGUCAAUUUCGACGACUCUUACCACAUUUUCGUGGAGAACUUCACGGACGGCAUUCGGGCCCUGCUCUCCUUCGCACAGUGCAAGGUCCAGGACAAGAAAAUCAUCGCCCUCAAGGACGCGCAGUCCCAGGGCGAAGAGAAGACAGCGGCCGCGAAAGAGGUCAGAGAGGACAUCUCGGUUCUGGCGAUAGGGUUCCUCCUCAAGGCCGCCGAAUUCUUGGCCGAUCCACAAACGAAAGAUCUCCCAUCGGGUACUUCCUUGCCCCAGGAUGUGCAUUCUGUGACGGAGGGCCAUCCAGCCGCUGCAUGGUUUCCCAUUCUGCGGGGCCUUUCCAUGCUGGUGGGUGACCCACGAAGAGAAGUGAGAGCCAAGUGUCUGAAUGGCGUCUUCGACAUCCUCCGAGAACAUGGAAGGCAAGUCUUCGACGAGGACACUUGGCGAAUGGUUUUCAACGGAGUCAUCAAGCCGCUGUUCGAUGACAUUCACCAUCAGCUUGCCCCGCCACCUGAUCACAAG